ACCUGCGACCUUACUGCAUCUAUCAGUUUUUUUUGUCGCAAAACUUAAGUAUAUUAAAAGUAAGAAAUCCAUAGAAUUGAACAAAAUUCGCGACGAGCACGCAUGGAGAACGGAGUGGAACAUGGUGUGGACGAGGCGGGCGAGAACCAGGUGGUGAGCAGCUCCGACGGCGAGGGCGACUGCGAUGGUGAUGGUGUUGAGGAAGGGGAGGGUGAGGUGCUGCAGCCGCCGCCGCCGCUAAUAACAAACGAUUGUGAUGUGGAGAGGGGCGAGGGGGAGCGUGGACUGUCGGUGACGGAAGCUGUGGACGCCACUCCGGAUUCCGGACCACCGCCCCUGGACGAAGCCCCACCUGGAGCCCUGCUGGAAGACAACCUGUGCGACAAGGAUGUGGACAGCGAUGCUGGUGACGAGGACAACGACGAAGAGGCCAAGGAGAACUACGAGGGCUUCAACGGCACCGGGCGCACCGUCACCCUGCAAACCCUGAUGGCCGCCAAUGUGCUGCAGCCGGGCCUGGGGCUUAUGACCAUCGAAUAUCUGGGCCAGAAGUUCGUCGGAGAUCUGCUGGCCGACGGCAAGAUCAAAUCGCAUGAGACUGAAACCAUAUUCCUCACGCCCAGCGCCUGGGCCAUGCAUUGCAAGCGGAUCAUCAAUCCAGAAAAGAAGAGCGGCUGUGGCUGGGCCUCGGUAAAGUACAAGGGCAAAAAGCUGGACUCCUACAAGAACACGUAUCUGCGCAAGUGCGCCUUGCAGAAGGAGACGCCUCUGGAUGACUGCGACCCAGAUGCCGAACGCAAGUCCGACUCCCCGGAGAUUGUCGUCAAGCGAACUGUUUUCGCCCACAACACCGUAUCGAAUCGCAAUGUAGUUCAUGAUGCCAACAUGCUUAUUGAAUCGGUGCCGUUUACUUCAGUGGGCAAACUGCAGCCAUUCCUCAUCACAGUCAACUCCUCUGCCCUUCUGCUGGCGGACUUUCACUGCCAUCUGACGGUGCGCGAGGUGUGCGGCUAUCUGGGGGGCACUUGGGACAUGAACACACACACUCUGUCCAUCACAAAGACAUAUCCUUGCCGCAGCACGCGCUUCGAUCGACAGCGAGCCGGGGAAGUGGAGCGCGACAUACAGAAGAUGAUGAUCCAGGAUCAACUGCUGUUGGUCGGCUGGUAUCACUCCCAUCCCCGGUUCCAAGCGGAACCCACUCUGCGGGAUUGCGACUCGCAAUUGGACUACCAGAUUCGAAUGCGCGGUGCCAGCGAUCUCACCUAUACGCCCUGUGUUUCCCUGAUCAUAUCCCCUUACUAUGAUGAGAAUCCCACGCUGGAGUCGGUGGUCAAGUGCAUUUGGAUCGUGCCGCCGAACGAGAACAGGCAGUCCAUGGAGUACGGCAGGCCCAUGCUGAUGCAGUACUCGGUGCUGCCGGACAAGGAGAUACCCGAGGAGGUGCGCUCCGAAAUCCAGCUGUGCGUGGACUACUACUCGCAGUACCGGAGCGAGGUGGUCAAGUUCCGGAACAUCUACAACAACGACGUGACCUACAACGAGAAGCUGAAGAACACGCUCUACCCGAAGUUUCCCUCCAAGCAGAGCGACAAAGCGCUGUGGAACUGGAUCUGCGCGGUACUGGACUGCGAGCAGGAAGACGACUUCAUUCCACCCAAGACCAUCAAAAUCAUCGACAAUGAGGAGCUGGAAGUGAAGGAGGAAGACAAGCCUGUUGUCCUGAUGGAUCUAAGCAGCGAUGUAAAGAUACCGCCGCCACCCAAGGAGGAGCUGUUCAGUGAGGCGAUGGGCGCCUUAGAGGAGAGUGCGCGCAAGGUGGAGGAGGAGAGCAACGCACAGGCGGAGCAGAAGGCCAGCGAGCUGAAGGUGAUGUCGCUUCAGGAGCAGCUCUGCAUGCCCUCCGGACUGAACAUGAACCCGGUGCGAAUGCUCUCGCCGCUGGCCACUCCAAACCCCACGAGUCAUGCGGCAGUGCUGCCCAGUUUGGUGGCCCCAACUUUGCCGGCGGCAGCCACCAGCCAGCUGCUUCCACCUCAAAUGCCCGCAGCUACCGUGCCACCAGUCAUCCCACCAAUUGCAACGACUUCGGCCCUGACCUCCGCUCUGAGUGCGUCGCCCAGGGACAGUCCCAUCACCAUCCAAUCGAACUCCGCCAGUCCGGCCAAGUUUGAGGUGCCGGUAAGGGCGUCGCCGUCGCCCGCCAAGUCGGACGCCUCGUCGCACGCCUCCACCUCCCGCACCCGUAACUCUCCGGCGCCCAGUCCGGGCAAGUUCAGCGUUAGCGACAUUGCUCGCAACAGUCCGAGCAUCACGCCCAACAAGUAUGAGGCGGCCGCAGCUGCUCUGGUGCCGCCAGCCGCAGCUUGCCUGCCCACGGCCAACGAUCUGAUGGCCGCCAGCUUGGCUCAGCUGGCGGGACAACUUCCGCCGAACUUCCUGCAAGGCGACCUGGCCGCUCUCUUCCAGCAGCAGCGCAAGGAUUACGGCAGCUCGUCUCUCAAUCAGCUAGCUGCGGCUGCUGCCAAGGUGGGUGGCUCCAAACAGAGCAAUGCCACCGCUUCCUCCGGUCUAAGUGAUCCCAAUGUGGCAGCCGCUGUGGCUGCCUACUCGAAUAGCUUCAAUAUGCCGCUGCCCACGGGAGUGGGCAUGGGAGGAAGUGGCAACAGCAAUGCCCACGGUAGCAGCAAGUCGAAAUCGGAGCGAUCAUCGAAGUCGUCGUCCUCUUCUUCCUCCUCCAACUCCAGUUCCACCUCCAAUUCGUAUAAAACAAAGCUGAUGAAGGAGCUGGACGAACUGAAAAAUGAUCCGCUUAAGAUGAGCGAGCUCAUCCGUUCUCCGGAGUAUGCUGCUCUGCUCCUGCAGCAAGCAGAAGCACUGGGAGCCACCACACUGGGCACCCUGGGCUUUGGAUCCGACUACAGCUAUCUGACUGGAGCGGGAUUGGGAGUGCCCGCUGCUAAUGCUUUGACCGGAGGUCAACCCUCGAACUCUUCGUCUGGCAAGUCCUCGAAAAGUUCGAACGCCGCAGCAGCGGCGGCGGCGCUCAGUGCCGAUUACAACAACCUGAUCCAGGCAUCGAAGCUGCUCGGCUACGACUCCUACAUGCAGCAAAGCAAGCAGAGCAACGACCUGAACGCGUUCCUCCAGCAGCAGAUGGCAGCGGUGGCCGCCGCCUCGAUUCCUCCGCCACAGCAGACUUCGUCCAGCGGCAGUUCCAACAGCAGUUCAUCCAAGAAGCAGCAGCAACAGCAACAACAACAGCUGCAGCAGCAACAUCAGCAGCAACAGCAGCAGCAACAACAGCAGCAGGCGGCUGCGCAGGCGGACUACACGGCUCUGCUGCAGACCUACACCAAGUUGUUUGAUCCCAACAACCAAUUCGCAGCGGCAAUGAGCUCCAACAAGCAUAUGGCCGGAGCCCACAACGAGCUCUCCGCUCUUCUCUCUUCGGGAGUGGGCGUGGCAGGCGGUGGUGGUGGUGGAGGAGGUGGGUCAAAGCAAAAGCAGAAGGACAUACAGAGCGAUAUGCUGAAUCAGCUGCUGCAGCUCGAGAAACAGGACUCGGAGAUCAAGGCUCUUUUGUAUCGUCAAAACAAAGCUGCGGCUGAUUUGGACGCCCUGUUUGCCACGCCCUCGGGCGCGGUUGUGGGUGCUGGAUCCUCGGCUAAUGCCAUGAAGUCCGGAAACUCCUCGGGCAGUGCUGGCGUUUCCGGCAUGUCCUCACCCUCUUCCCUGUCCAAUCAAGCGGCCUACUAUAACGCGCUGGCGCAGGAAAAGAUGCAGGACUAUGCUGCCUUCUUUCAGCAGCAGCAUGGCAAGUACGGUAUACCCGAUCCACUGUCGAAAACCACACUGGCGGCCAACAACAUGUUCAUGACUCCUUCGGCCCUGUUCAAGAUACAGCAGGAAUCGCUGUCGGCCAUGAUGAUGAAGCCGCCCAAGUCCACGACGCCUUCAUCGGCGCGCACCCGGGAAUCAUCGGCCUCGCCAGCCUUGGAGCGGCUGACGCCCACCAAGUCGGCCAACAGCGGAGGAGGAGGCGGUGGAGGCGGUGGCGGUGGGGGAGGCAGCAACUCCAACUCUGCCGGCAAGUAUAACUUUAGUGCCGUGGACCUGGCCAUCUCGAGCGUGCCCUCGAACACACCCUCGCCGGCGCCCUCCGACGGCAGCAGCAGUUCGUCGCAUCGACGUCCCUCGCCGGACUUGAGCCGCCUCUACGGAGAGCUGGCCCCGCCUGGAGCACUCCUCGGCAGCGGUGGAGUGCCCAAGAAGCGCAUGGAGUUCGCCUCGGUGGCGGAUCUGGCUGCACCGCCGCCGGCCAAGAUGCCCAAGAACAGCAUGGGCGAUGACAUCCUCAACCUGUCGCACGACUAAAGUAGCCCAAAUGGAAUGGAAUCCUUGCCAGAGCAAUCACAAUCGCAGCCGCAAUCGCAAUCGCAGUCGCAGUAUUUCCCCAAAACAGUAUAUAUUCCCAUACUUAAUGCCGCGUAGCAUCCAAUUAACAUACCAGUGUCCGUCAUUUUAAUCGCCCAAUCAGUAUCUCUCUGGACAAACGUUUUAUUUUAUUUCUUCCUUUUUACUUAAUUAAGCUAGUGUAAAGUUCAUUGAUCAGAAUAAUGAAUUUACAAUCAUUUCUUUUUGAAUACCUAUAUAUUAAAAUAUGUUCUUCAUCCAGAUAUGCCGUGCAUAUCCACAAUGAUUUUCUCAGUCCUACGAGUGAAUCUCCGCUUUUACUCACCUUUGAAGGGCUGUAUGUCCUUAAACGUUUAAUUUAAUGUACUCGUACUAAUUUAGGUUUAAUUACCGCAUAAAAGUACUUUAAGUAUUUUAAUAUACAGACAGCGCACAACACAUCAACUGUAUUGUAUUGUAUUGCCUACCGCAUUAACUAUAACUUUGAAUCUUUGCCGCAAUAAAUUAAACGACUAGUUACUUAGUUUACGAAA